UGUCUGGGCUUCCUGCUACUAUUAAUUCUUACUGGGCGACGUUCUUUUCUAUGUCUUUGGCUCCAUCUAUGUAGAUAGGCUGGCAGGGAACUGCAUCACUAGGAUUGAGUGCCAAAUUCUACCAGCGUCAAGGCUUCUUCAAGUCCGAUGAGCACUUGGUCGGUCAAGGAGAAGCCGUGCAGCUGGAAUCAAGGAGGAUGAGCCGCCUCCUCUUCUUGCCAAAUUGACCUCCAAAUUAUCACCGCCGUUGGGGAGUGCGCUGAAGCACACGUGACAAGCGCUGAACGCCACCCUCGACAGAUCCAGGUCCGGAUCACCCUCCGCUUCCAUCUCAUCAGCAUCGCUGUCUUGCUGAGCAAGAACCAGCUCAACUUGUCUCUCUACACCCCGAUCCCCCAUGCUAGGACGGAGGUCGGCGAUGCCGUUUGCUCACGUGCUGCUUCGAAAUUCAAACUCCGUGGUGGUGCAGGCACUGUGAACCAUUCGGGUCCGGCGCUGGUCGGUCAUCCUCGCGCGGAAAAUCGCAUGUCUCAUGCGGUGACGUGUCAGUGCUGUCAGCACUGCCGACAGGAGUCACUCGCAAACGAGUCGGCUCGCGGGAGCGGACAACAUUGGAGGAUGUGAUUUGGAGGAAUGCUGUCACGUUGAGCAGACUGAACUGGGCGGCGCAAACCAAGCUGCGCAAUCCUGUGUGAACCAGCAGCGGGAGAAGCAGGGGAACUUGCUCCGGAUCCGGCACAGGGCAGAGGAAUGACCUUCACUGCACGUUAUACCUACGUCGAGCGCUGUACCCCAUCACGUCGGCGGCGCUGUGGAUACGCGGUCUAGAGUCACGGCCAUUCCAGAUUCAGCAAACCAAUCGAUCCAGAUCAUCCCGCAGACCGCAGCUCGACUCCCUCAUACGCUGGGUGGUGUCGUCGAAUUUUUGUGUCGUUAUGCAACCCUACAUGGCUAGCAUCUCCCCGGGCAGCGUCACUACCCUUUGUGCGGCUUGUCCCUUUGGCCUUGGACGCUUCUUUGUGUCACCUACUCGCCGGACGGCGAACCACCCUGCCUUCGGUACACGCUGAAAUGCGCACUUCCCCUAAUCUCAGCACAUCCCGAAAUGACUCAUGCGCAAUCAUUACUUGCAGUUUUCCCGGCUUCCUCUGCUGUUCACAGUGCCUUUUGCGGUUGAGGACCUGUACGGAAUAUAAGCAGAGAUCAUCCUAGGCAUCUUAUACCUCACCCCCCGUCUCUUUCUACCGAUACACUCCCUUUCCCGCAUGCUACCGACUCGCUCACGACCCCUCUCGUACACCGUCUCGGGCCGCGCCGCCCCGAGCCCAGUGACUACGACACAGCCCUAUCAUGUGCUGGGGCAGCUGGAUAAUGUCCUGCCAGGCGGCCUUUCCUCUCUCUCUGCUGCCCAGCUGGAUGAUGUUUUGUCGGGCGCUGAGGGCGCCCUCUCACCUCUCUCUGCUCCCCCCAUCGGAAAGAAAUGGGGCAUGCUCAUCGCCAUUCAAGGUUUCUCGUCGCGCGACUCUCCAAACCCUAUGAUGGUGCCUCCAGAUGAACCCCAGGUCAAGACCGAGGAGUAUUCUUCGCUACCUGGCGUUCAUGAGGACGCGGAGAAGCUCUAUGACGUCCUCACAACUAUUCACGGAUACCCAUCCGAGAACAUCAUCCGCCUGAUGGACGACGGAAAAGAAGGGUCUAUCGUCCCGACGCACAACAAUAUUCUGCGAGAAAUCCGGGCUCUGGGCAUGCGAGUACGGUCUGGGGACCAUGUCUGUUUCUUCUAUGCAGGCCACACUUUCCAGCACCCCAAUGCUCGUGGGACCGAAGAAGACGACAUGGAUGAAUUCUUGAUCACCCAUGAUGGAAGGUCUAUCAUCGACAAUAUUCUAUAUCGCUAUUUGGUUGUCCCGCUGCCAAAGGAUUCUUUUCUUGUGGCGAUCUUAGACUCGUGUCACUCCGGCACCUUGCUAGAUAUCGAACACACGCAUUGUAAUGCAAGUCCCGGAUCAAACCUGGAGCUGAUAUCAUUCUCCGCCACAACCAACCGCAUUCCUCUCCGACGUAGAACAUCCGAAAUCACUGUCGUUUCCCCGAGCCGGCAGAUGUCACUAGACAAGGAGAACAUUCCCCCCACACAUUCAAUCGACCCUGCGCACUGGGAACCUGUGCCGAGAUGCGGCAGUCCCUUAUCAGUUUUGUCCUACCCGGGAUGCGACGGAGCUUGCCGAAGCAGAGUUCGUGAGGGUAUUUCCGUCGUGGGCCACAAACAAGCCAUCGCUGCGAAUGUUCUCUGCAUCUCGUCCUGCGAAGAUUCGCAGCUGACUUCGUACUCGGAGGGCACUAAGGUGACCAUGGCCCGUUGCAUCAUCGACGUUGUUGCUUCGAACCAAGAUGUGACCGUCGGCGAGCUUCCGGAUAUGGUUUCUCGAACUCGCAAGCAGGCGCGGGCCGAAGUUUGGGACAAGUACCGGCGAAGAUUCCGGACACCAAUGGCGAACCGGGUUGCUCGGAUCACAACGCGGAUCCGGGGCAAAGCUCCCAAACGACGCCACACGCUCCCAGAAAACAUGCCAACCAAGGACUACUUCGUUUGCCCCGGAACUACACGGACGGAUCCACCCAUGUCAGCCACCGUAGAGUUGCCGCAGAAACCGAAGACUAGGGCCGAUUCGAUACAAGUGCUGGCCGAGCCCCCCACAUUCUCAAAGGGCCGAAUCGAAGCUCGGACUACAAGUCGUCGUACAUCCAUGCCGUUGCCCCAUCGGCAGCCGAGGACAGAAACGCGGUGCGAUAACAUUGGUUGCAAAGCGACGCAUCUUUCGGCCGAAGGCGAUCGCUGGCUCUCAGAGAUUGCGAAGAUGCUUGAAUCGGUUUUUAAAGCGCUACGUGCACGUCACCUGCCCCCACCGCCUGCCGAUGUGGUUCUCUCCAGCAAAUGGCCGCUGAACCUGCAACAGUCCUUACGCAAUUGGUUCAGUGCGCCAGAGCACCCCAAGGUCGCGGCCUCUCCUCAUUUUGAUCAUUGAGGCGCUGCGUUAGUGAUCACCUCUUUGGUCGCUUUGUUUAUUUAUCUGCUGUGUGUGUUCUGUGCAUUUGCUAUCUUGCUAUCUCGUUGGCCGUUACUGAUUGUGAUAACGUACAAGUUGUGCAUCUGCUGCCGCUCUCUCGCCUUGCAUUCUUGGACAUCAUUCUACUCUGCAUCUGCUAUCUCGUUUUGUAUUACCAGAUAUUAUACCCCUACAAUUCGGAUCCCGCCUCUUUCGAUCCCAUCCCGCGUGAGGCAUU